AUGGCAGAUUUCGCAUUUACACGUCAAGAUGAGUCGGGCAACUCACUUGAAACGACCAAAAUUGUGCCUCUGACCUGCCAUGGCCACUCUCGGCCAAUCACUCACUUGUCCUUCUCUUCUCUCGACCCGAGCGCUAGCUCGACUCCCUUCUACCUCAUUUCUGCAUGCAAAGACAACAAUCCGAUGCUGCGAGAUGGGCUCACAGGUGACUGGGUAGGGAGCUUCAUCGGUCACAAGGGAGCUGUCUGGUGUGCUCGCCUUUCCGACGAUGCCACCCUCGCCGCGACUGGAUCCGCAGACUUCUCCGCCAGAGUGUGGGACACCUACUCUGGCGAGACGCUGCAUACUCUUCAACACGACCACAUCGUCCGCGCUGUGGCUUUCCCUCCCAACGACAGGCCGCAGAUGCUGGCCACAGGUGGCAUGGAGAAGAAACUCCGCAUCUUCGACCUCUCGAGGACAGUGACUAGCGCCCACCCCGACAGCCCGAACGGACCCGUCCAGAACGAAACCCCAACCUCCUACGAAAUCGGCGCGGACGAGCACAAGGGCGCCAUCAAAAGCAUCAUCUGGAUGCGCGAUCCCAACAUCAUGACCACGGCCGCCGACGACAAAAAGAUCCGCUGGUGGGAUCUCCGCGCGCGCGAGGCCAUCGCCGCCUACGCCAUCGACGGCCUCCCCGGGUCCUGCGAGCUCAACAGCGGCUUCGAGGGCCACGCCGAAGGCAUCGUCAGCGUCGCUGCGGGCAAGAACAUUUACUUCUUCGACGGCGGCCGGCCCGGCCAGCUGGUCAAGCACAUCAAGACCGAGCGCGAGGUCGCGAGCGUCGCGCUGAACGGCACGUCGAAACGUUUCGUCACGGGUUGUCCCAACGACACGUGGGUGCACAUCUGGGACUUCGACGCGGAGCGGGAGGUCGAGAAGGGUCGCGGUCAUCACGGGCCGGUGUGGACGACGUGUUUCAGCCCUGACGGGAAGUUGUACGCCACGGGGAGCGAGGACGGCACGGUGAAACUGUGGAAGUCUACAGAAGGGCCUUAUGGCCUGUGGCGGUGA